UUUCUCCGUGCCUUCUUCUCCUUCUCUCACUCCAAUAAAGCCAAUCCAAUCACCCUCUCUUCCUCCACACUCCUCACUCACUCUCACACCUUUUUUCUCUUUAAACAAUGGCAAAUUUUCUUCUCUCACUUUUCACCAUUUUCACAAUCCUCUCUCUCACCUCUUCUCGCACCAUCACUACUCCUUCACACACCACCAUUCUCAAUAUCUCUUCUUCCCUUCACCAAGCCCAUCAAAUCCUCUCCUUCAAACCCCAAAAUGCUCUGCAACAACAAGCUUUAACUCAGCAACACCACCCCACUUCACCAUCUUCGUCUUUCUUCUCCGUUCAGCUCCACUCAAGGGAAACCCUCGUCAAUGAGCAACACCCAGAUUACAAAACCCUAGUUUUGGCCCGACUCGCCCGCGACUCGGCACGAGUCAACUCGCUCGAGACCAGGCUUCAGCUCGCACUCUAUGGCGUCAAAAGAUCGGACCUUUUCCCUACCCAGACGGAGGUCCGCCUCGAAGACCUCUCCACGCCUGUCUCCUCCGGCACCUCCCAGGGAAGCGGCGAGUACUUCUCACGCGUCGGCGUCGGCCAGCCCGCAAAGCCCUUCUACAUGGUGCUCGACACAGGCUCCGACGUGAACUGGCUCCAAUGCAAACCCUGCUCAGAUUGUUACCAACAGUCCGACCCGGUUUUCGACCCGACAUCCUCCUCCUCGUACUACCCAUUAACCUGCGACGCGCAGCAGUGCCAGGACCUUGAAAUGUCGGCGUGCAAAAACGGUAGAUGCGAAUACCAAGUUUCCUACGGAGACGGGUCGUUCACCGUAGGCGAGUACGUCACCGAAACGGUGUCGUUCGGCGGGUCCGGGUCCGUUAAUCGGGUCGCGCUCGGGUGCGGCCACGAUAACGAGGGGCUGUUCGUCGGGGCUGCGGGGCUUCUCGGUCUCGGUGGUGGGCCGUUGUCAUUAACCUCGCAAAUCAAAGCGGCGUCGUUUUCGUACUGUUUAGUGGACCGCGACUCGGGUACAUCGUCCACUCUUGAGUUCAACUCGCCUCGACCCAGUGACUCGGUCACCGCGCCGUUGCUGAAGAACCGCCAAGUGAACACGUUCUACUACGUGGAACUCACCGGAUUUAGCGUCGGCGGCGAGAUGGUCUCCAUCCCACCGGACACUUUCGCCGUCGACCAGUCCGGCGUCGGCGGGGUGAUCGUCGAUUCCGGUACCGCCAUAACUCGGUUGCAGACCCGGGCCUACAAUGCCGUGCGCGACGCAUUCAAGAGGAUGACCCAGAACCUGCGUCCCGCGGAGGGCGUUGCGCUGUUCGACACUUGCUACGACCUGUCGUCCCUGCAGUCUGUGCGCGUGCCGACGGUGUCGCUUCACUUCUCCGGCGACAAGAUAUGGGCGCUUCCGGCGAAGAAUUAUCUGAUUCCGGUGGACGGCGCCGGAACUUACUGUUUCGCGUUUGCGCCAACGUCGUCGUCUCUGUCGAUCAUAGGGAACGUGCAGCAGCAAGGGACACGUGUCAGUUUCGAUCUAGCGAACUCUUUAGUCGGAUUCUCUUCCAACAAGUGCUAGAUCGUGUAAUUUACCACUUUAUCCUUAUUGUUAUUAAUGUUAUGAAAAAAAAAAAAUAACAUGAAUAAUAGAUGAUAUAUAUAGUGAUGGUAGGUUUGUAUUAUUAAUUGGAUUGUGUGGAUCCAAAAGUAGCUGUUUUUAAUUUAAUGAGAAUGAAUACUCCAUUCCAUUACAUGGGUUGUUUGUAAGAUUGAUGAAGUUCUUAGCUUUUUUUUUUUU